AUGAGAGCCACGUCGUGUCGUUUCAGGCAACCCUUGAGGCUGAGAGAGACAUUAGAUCACCCUGAGCUCUUCGCGCUUCUCGAUGACAGCAUCUUCUUCACUAUACUCAAUAGCGAAAGAGUCGAAUUACAGGACGCCGUUCGCAUACUCCAAAACAUACAGGAGAGAAAAUUGUACAGACGCGUUGGGGAUGCCCGUUUUCCAGACAGAGGAAUGACCGCGGAGGGAUUCGAAAGAUCCAGGCUCCAGGAAAGAUUCGAGAGGGAAUUUCGCGCAAAGUUACCCAAUUGUGUACGAGAUGUCGACUACAUUCUCAAAAUAAUCGAGGUGGACUACGGGAUGAGAGAAGAAAAUCCCCUGAGAAAAGUGCGCAUGUACACCAAGGAGCACCCAGACGACCCGAUCCCCUUUCCGCAUGAGACCUUGUUUCCCAUCCCCAGAGAAUUUCGCGAAAAGAAGGUGAUGAUUCUGUCUCGCGAUGGGAGGCCGGAGACCAGGAGGAGCACGGAGCGCGAACUUCGGCGGGUUCUUUCUGAAUGCAUGGAGGACCUCGGGCUGCAAUGAGGCGAAUUCUCUCCCACAUAGCACAGUGAUAUCCCAGGGAUGUCCCUAACUGGACGACUUGUCCCCUGGUCUUCAUAGGAUAUCCUGAAGACAUCUUCUUUCGGACGGUUUCGGACAUACCGUAAGGGCUGUCUUUGGGAUAUCUAACAGACGUCUUUUAGAUAUCUUCAAUCGAUAUCUUAGAGAUAUUCCUUUCGGGAUAUCUUGAAGACGUCCUUAGUCGAAUGCUUCUGGAUAUCCCGGAGGGGAUAUCUUGAGGACAUCUUCAGUCAAACGCUUUUCGAUAUCUUAAAUAGAAUGUCUUAGGGAUGUCUUUAGGCAUCUUCAGUACUCUUUGUCGCCUUCAGUCAGGUGCAUAGCUUCGACGGUAGAUGUCUCCUGCGAGCCCUGAUCAGCAACCUCUGAUCUUUUCUAUCGUAUUCAUCUACUUGAUUUGCCCUGAGGAUAAGUAAGGGUUUUUGUACCAUACAUAAGGAAAACUUCCACCAGGGAAAGUGAAAAAUUGCUCUCCGAAUUUUAAUUUAUUCCGUUAUAUUCUAUUUAAUGAUGCCUGAUAGUUGUAUCCAUGUCUGGAUAGAACUUUCUCGGUUGAAGGCCUGAGCCCAUGCUUUUAAAAGGCGUGAGGCUAAAUCAUCUCGUCUAUGACCCCUCGUGUAAAGGUGUUAGGUUUCGUCCCUUGGAGAUAUGUCUCCUAAGUGGGUCCCCCUUUAGGAACGGGAUUUUCCUCCCCCAUAAUCGUCACUCAUCGAUCGGUCAAAAACUUAAGAUUCGGUGUUCCAAUGACAAAGAUAUCUUCGAUAGUAAUGGG